CGCAUGACAUUUUUACCAUCUUAUUGUUGUUAUUUCAGGUACUCGAACGAAGACGUAUUAACGAUUUGCUGUAAUGUUGUGUCGACUGCUUCGACUUUAACAUGUUAUGUUGUUUUUCUGGUAUCCAAGGACAAUUAGUGCCAUCUAUGUACUCUGACAUUGCUCUAGUGUUACGUGCUAAUCCAAUAAAAAUAUGCCAGUGUACUAUACCGGUUUAAAUGCCAGUCCGCUCUUUUCCAAUCAGGAUGGAAUUAUCACAUCAAUAACACAUUUGACUCAGAUUCCAUUUGCUAGGGUUACAGAUAUUGAGAUUAGUUGGAAUUAUUUUCUUCUUUGGCAGGAUACGAAAUUAUACAUUACUGGAAAAAUCAGUGAUAAGGACGAUAAAAAUAAACCUCGUUUAAUUCAAAUUCCAGAGGAAUCGUCAGGAAGUUGUAAAAUAGCUAUUCCUGGUCGGGAAAGUGUAGUUAUAUUAUCAACACAUAAUGAAAUCUGGAAAUAUAAGGUAUAUGAUGAUACAUGGCAAAAAGUAACACCUUUUCUUUCUAGUCAUGACAAUACACUAACUGAAUAUCCCAUCAAAUUAUCACAAGCAGGAUGUACGGUAGUUCUAACUAAUUUAGGACGUGUAUUUAACGCUCCACUUUUGGUUCAAAUGCCAAAAAGAGUCAAGUUCGUUGAUCUUGUCUGCGGUUACGACCAUACUAUUUUAUUGGCAGAGAAUGGUGACGUUUAUUCAAUGGGAAUGGGAAUACGUGGUCAGUUAGGACACAAUGAAUUGGAAAAUUGUGAUGACCCGAAACUCAUCGAAGCUUUAGCAGGUUUGAAAAUAGUACAAAUAUCAGCGGGUGGUUGGCAUUCCGCUGCAGUCACCGAUCAAGGUGAUUUGUAUACUUGGGGGUGGAAUUCAAAUGGAGAGCUAGGAAUUGAAAGCAAAGAUAAAAAGGUUUACGCUGUUCCAACUUUAGUGGAUUUUAAAAAUGACAGAGGUGAAACUAUAGAAAUCAAUGUUAAAAAAGUUGAAUGCGGAAAUUCCUUUACUAUAUGCUUAACAGACGACGGUUCUUUUUGGGGCUGUGGCACUAACAAAUACGGCCAAUUGGGGAAACUUCAGCAGAACUUUGAGAGUACAUAUAAAUUUAUUGAAUUAAAUAUCCAACCAUUAGAUUUUAAAACAGUGAAAAAGUUUAAAUGUCACGAAUGGGGCACAGCAAUAAUUACAGAAUGAGUAGCAUUUUAUAUGUAAUUAUAUAUUC